UAUUGUACCUUUAUAUAAUACCUAACCUUUAUAUACUCCACAGAGUACAUUGAAUAUAUAGGUAUAAUUUGAAACUUGUGUUAAGAGUUUAGAGUAUCGCUUAAUGCGUAGCUUUCGAAAUAUUUUUUUAUAUUACUUUAAUGUGAAUAUUGAAUUGUUUUUACGUAAAACACUUUCCGCUACUAACUAAAGUUGUUUUGAUAGAUAUGUAGGUAUAACGUAACUAUUAGUGCCUGCUACAAUUAUCUAUAAAUUAUCACCAUGGAUAAUAUUUUGGUGCAAAAUAAAGUUAAACUAUUAUUUGAGAAGAUUUCCCAACCUCAAUAUGUUAUGAACAACUACUAUGUUGACCACUUUUUUAUAAAAAUAAAUUCCAAUGACCCGGAUGUUGUGUGUCUGAAAACAUGGGCUGCUUGGCCGGAAUUGCUUCUAAAAGCCAUUGAGCAUAUUGAUAAAUACCAUAAUACAGUAAAAGUUUUUCUUAUAAGAUUAUUAGGUGUUUUUGCUGGAGUAGAAGUACAUUUUGCCAAAAUUUUUUAUAAAAAAGAAGAAGAGCUUUCUAGAGCAUUCACUGAAAUUAAUUCAGUAAACAUGAACCCAAGUUUGAGAGUGGCAUACAUGGAGGUAGCUCUCUCUCUUACGAAUCAUAAUUCUGGGAUUUGCUGGCUUUAUGAAACAAAUGCUUGGAAAGAAAUUCUUAGCUUGUGCAAUGAGAAACAAACAGUUUUCAUUGUUCGUCAAACAUAUAAAUUUGCAGCUACAUUUGUUUGGAAACUAAUGUUCUUAGGAUGUAAUACUGGUGUCAAUACAGUUUUGAGUCAUAUAAUAAGACCUUUUACUGAAAAUGAUUUCAUGAGAUUAGAUUCCUUAUCUGGUGAAGAAGAAGAUGUCCUCUGUAAAACACUUGAACCUAUGUAUCAAAUACUUAUAGCUAUUAUCAGUCACGAAGAUUAUAUUAAAACUCCAAAUUGGGUAAUGGAGUUUAUGGUCAAAGAUUCAAAAGUUAUCACAUACUGUCAUAUAGUUUUAGAUAGAUUGAGGAGGAAAGACAUAUGUCUACUUAUAUCUAAGUUUUUGUUUUGGUUAACCAUAGCAAAAAUGUUUUAUUCGAAGCCUAUGUUGCCCAGUGUGGAGUAUACUAAAGAAGAUUUCAUGGAGCUUAGUGUACUGUAUAUCAAUACUAUCCAUGCUCAUAUUAAUCGUCGCUGUGCAACAUUAGUAUUCGAUUUCUGCAAUGCUUGCAAUUUAAUAUGGGCAUCUCUCUGGAAUAAAACAAAACUGGCAAUGUUAGAAAUUGAUGACAACAAAGUUGAUUUCCAGAAGCAACUUUUAGUGAUAUGUCUUGUACCGCCUAUGGUCUAUGCUUGCAAUGGGAAUAGUUAUGAGGCCAAGAUACAGGAUUACAUUUCACAGAUAAUGAACUCACCUUGUGAACAUACAACUCGAACUGCCUAUGCAAUGAGAGAUCUGAUGGAGCAACUGGACAUUCAAGCAACAACGUUACAAAGUGUUAAGCGUUUAACUUGCUUGAAAGAUCACUUGAACAAUGAACAAGCAAAUUUGGUAUUUCAAGCUCUGUUCCUAAUUCUUCACGAAUACGAUCCAAUAGACGACGAAGGCAAGUUGAAAGUUGAGCAAAACUCUGUAGACGAUCAAGAAAAAGUGCUUGUGAUGACAUACGUUUUAGACACAGUGCUAUCACUUGUUAAAAAUUACAAUAUAAAUUGGCAAGAGAGCCUUGAAGUUCUGUGCUUGUAUAACGUUGUAUUUAAUGUUUUGAAAAGAUCAAAUCUUUCGUGUAAGUUUGUAGUAACAGCCUUGAACGUAAUAGCGAUAACAGUGAAAAAGUUCCUUCCGCCAAAUCUCUCUCUUUUAAUGGAUUCUCAACCAGGCUCAACUAUGCACGAGCUGGGAAAACUAAUUUAUAUGAAAAUGCACGACAUCAAUUGGGAAGUUCGAGAUUCGGCUCUCGAGCUAUUAUAUGUGUGCACAGACAUCGCAUUUAUCAAAUUUCCACCAUUCCAACACCAAAUUCUAUCUAGCAAUCUUAUAAAUGUGGCUGCUACGAUGGCAUUGUUUGAUCAUGAGUUCUAUGUACGUGCAUCGGCCUUAAAGUGCCUUGGCGUGGCAACUAAGAUCUCUCCUCUAUGGGAGCAUCUUAAGCAGGAACACCAAGAUAUACAGGAACAGCUUUUAUCAUUACUUUAUAACAAUCCGGAAGGAAUUGUUCGUAAAGAAGCCUGCAACGUUCUGUGUGAGAUUUAUCAGAACGUCAAAUUAACCCGUAACUUUAAAGUAAUGCUAUAUGAUUACAUGGUAUCCGCGGCCUUAUGCGAUUUCCAUUGGGAAGUUCAAUUAAGUGCACUAAAAUUCUGGAAAAUUGUAAUACAAUCGUUUCUAACCGAUCAGGGCAUGCUAGAUGGAACAUUUCCUCCAGUAACAUUCUCUAGAGAAACGCGAAAAAUCGUGACACUCAAUGAAGCAGAAAUUCAAAGACGUCUGACACGAAUUCUAGAAGAGCUUGCGUCUAUUGGGUGCUUGACAGUUUUAAUAAAGUUACUUCACGAUGAUACGGAAGUCGAUAUCAUGGAAGCCGCUCUUGGUAUAGCUAUAGAAUUAACAGAUAUUCUCGAUAGGUACAAGGUACCACAAAAUCUUACUCCGCACGAUGGCGAUACAAGAAGCGUCGAUGAUUUACUAAAUAAAAUUAAACUGGACUGUUUAAGUUUUCUUAAAUCUGAAAACGCCGAAGAUGGGGAAACAGGGGAAACCGGGGAAGUGGGGGAACAGGGUAAUAAAGCAGAAAAUGUCAUUGAGGGUAUAAUUAACGUAGACGAUAUAAAUUUAUUAGCGAGCAUAUAUGAACGACACAUGAGUCUGCAGUCAAAGGAAACGGACACAGUGAAGAAAAAUAAGUGUCGACUUUUGAGGUUUGCGCCACCGCACAUGUUCGUGUCGUUCAUUAGGAGUAGAGAUUUUAAAACGAUUAUUGAACAAAAGAAAAAUUGGAAAGAUGGUAUUAAAAGUCUUUCAUCUUUACUAGACGACGUUCUAGGUAUAUAUGAAGUUAACGAAGAAGUGAAUGUCUUAGAUUGCUACUGAAAUUGUUUAGCAAAUAAUUAUUAGAUUUAUUACAAUUUUGUAAAAUAAAUACAUAAAACAUAUUUUCUUGAAUAAAUU